UAUUUUUAUGCUCAAAACAGACGUUGAUGGCGAACAGUAAGGAGAGAGUAAAUAAUGAACAAUUAAUCCAAUAACCUGUUAAUUUAACAGAUUUAGUAUGCCAAUAUUUAAAAGACCUAGUUUUAAAGGAAAUCGAAAGAUUCCUGAACGGCGUGUAGAUGCAGGUGCUACCAACAAUCAACUUCUUGACAGGCAAAGCUUGGAUCCUGGCGUCGAUUAUGAACAAAAUCCAGUGAAACUGAAUCUUGGUGGCAGAAAUUUCGUUUUCUCAGAAGGCGAUUGGGUUUGUGAAGAGGGAAGUGACUCAGAUGUGGCCACUAUUCAAAGCAACAAAGAAAUUCAAAGACUGAGAAAGACUGUCAAAGAUUUUAGAGAGGAAAAUAACUUAUUGAAAUAUAAAAUAGAGCUCUUACUGGAUAUGGUUGCUGUUAGUAAUUCCGAUCUGGAUGCCAUGCAAAAUGAGCUUGAAAAGCUCAGAGAGUUCAAGGAAAAGACUGAAUCAAAAGGAAAUUCAAAGUCAGGAAAGAAAUAGUGGUAGUGCUUGAAAUGACUUUUCUGGAAUUCUGGAAGGCCAAGUCUUUAGUGGCUUCACUGAGAUGAGUUAAGGCGAAAGCUUUCACAAUAUUCAAAGUUUUGCCUUCUGUUAGAUUCCCAUACCGCAGCCGAUUGUAAUCCUCUAUACACGUUUUUUGUUUUGCCAUUUUGUAUAUACAUUUUUGUUUGCAUUACAUUUAAAAUAUAAUAACAUAAAUACUUUAUGAUAAUUGUGUGUAUAUGCUAUUUUGGCAUGAAUUAUCCAUGCUCUGUAGAAGGGUAUUAAAAAGACCUUAUCAGUUUUUGUUUUGUCAUUUAAAUACCUAGAUCGUCAUCCCUGCCAAGUCUCUUCUAAAAGAAGGUUUUGUUGGUAUUUCAUCAUCUAUCAGAAUCAGAAAACAAAGAUAGAACCUAGAAAUUCCCUCUGUCAUGUAAGCCUCCCUCCAGUAUGCCCCCACCUUAUAUCACUGUAAAAGUUGCUAAGAACCCCCUAACUUGCUAAUUUCAUAAAUACAUGAUUUAGCCCUUGGUAGAUCACAUAUUCAUUGACAACUGAAAAGCUAAAAUAGAAAAAAAAUCAAAAAAACAAUUUUGUUGCAAUUAAUUUAUGUGAUUACCAGAUCAUAUUGUUUCCUCCAAGUAGAUAUUGACAUUAAAACAUUCUAAAAAGAGUAAGAGCUACUUUGGUGAUUUUUAUAUAACUUUUUUAAGCUCCGCCUAGUUUAACCCUGCUUGAAUUAACCUCAUUCAAGAACCUCUCAAAUCAAUUAGUCCAUUUGUGGGUAAUUUGAGGAUUUACAUUAAUUGCAAAGCAGGGACAUGAGUAAAUUGUAGAUUCAAGUUUAUAUUGUAUAUAAAUUCAUUUUUAAAUAUUGCAUCUGGCAACUUAGCUUCAAUCUAUUUUAAUGCAGAUUGACUCCCAAAUAUACUUAACAAUCAGAUUAUACCUUAUGAAUCACUUCAAAUUUUAUUUUAGCAACAUUGUUUUUAGAGAAAGGUUCCCAAUUUGUUAGCAGUGUUUGCCUUCUGGAGGAAAAUUUGACACUUUGCUUGACUGUCCUUCCUUCUAAUUGCCAAUUUUGAUUUGCCUUUCCCUCUAUUUGGCAUCAUUCUCCUUGUUAAACAUACACCCCCCCCCCUCCCGUAAUCCUCUAGAUGCAUUCUCAAUACAGCCAUCGGAGUCAAGUAGAAAAAAAAUGAUCGAAUCACUAGUUUUAUAUAGCUGGUUCAUAUUUUUUAUUUUUGCAAAUUAUUGCAUAAAACAUUCAAUGCGUUGUUUUUAAGCUGUAUAGCUUUUUUUUAAAGAAAUCUAUGAGCAGCUCCAUGCAUAGUGGCUGCUUUUAUUAUUAAAUCAUGUUACGAGCUAUUUUUCAAUAGUAUUGUUACGCAUACUUAUUUGCUAAUUUUUAAUGACGGAAUUUUGAGAUUUCAAUCUAAUCUUAAUGGUUGGUUUACCUAUGUUGAACAUUUAUUGUUUGUAAAUGUGAGUUAAUUUCUUAUACAAGCUGACUCUUUGCUUCACAUGAGACGAUGUUUGUGUCUUUCUUUUUUUUUGCAAAUUCUCUAAGCAAUAUAAAAUAGAGCUCUUACUGGAUAUGGUUGCUGUUAGUAAUUCCGAUCUGGAUGCCAUGCAAAAUGAGCUUGAAAAGCUCAGAGAGUUCAAGGAAAAGACUGAAUCAAAAGGAAAUUCAAAGUCAGGAAAGAAAUAGUGGUAGUGCUUGAAAUGACUUUUCUGGAAUUCUGGAAGGCCAAGUCUUUAGUGGCUUCACUGAGAUGAGUUAAGGCGAAAGCUUUCACAAUAUUCAAAGUUUUGCCUUCUGUUAGAUUCCCAUACCGCAGCCGAUUGUAAUCCUCUAUACACGUUUUUUGUUUUGCCAUUUUGUAUAUACAUUUUUGUUUGCAUUACAUUUAAAAUAUAAUAACAUAAAUACUUUAUGAUAAUUGUGUGUAUAUGCUAUUUUGGCAUGAAUUAUCCAUGCUCUGUAGAAGGGUAUUAAAAAGACCUUAUCAGUUUUUGUUUUGUCAUUUAAAUACCUAGAUCGUCAUCCCUGCCAAGUCUCUUCUAAAAGAAGGUUUUGUUGGUAUUUCAUCAUCUAUCAGAAUCAGAAAACAAAGAUAGAACCUAGAAAUUCCCUCUGUCAUGUAAGCCUCCCUCCAGUAUGCCCCCACCUUAUAUCACUGUAAAAGUUGCUAAGAACCCCCUAACUUGCUAAUUUCAUAAAUACAUGAUUUAGCCCUUGGUAGAUCACAUAUUCAUUGACAACUGAAAAGCUAAAAUAGAAAAAAAAUCAAAAAAACAAUUUUGUUGCAAUUAAUUUAUGUGAUUACCAGAUCAUAUUGUUUCCUCCAAGUAGAUAUUGACAUUAAAACAUUCUAAAAAGAGUAAGAGCUACUUUGGUGAUUUUUAUAUAACUUUUUUAAGCUCCGCCUAGUUUAACCCUGCUUGAAUUAACCUCAUUCAAGAACCUCUCAAAUCAAUUAGUCCAUUUGUGGGUAAUUUGAGGAUUUACAUUAAUUGCAAAGCAGGGACAUGAGUAAAUUGUAGAUUCAAGUUUAUAUUGUAUAUAAAUUCAUUUUUAAAUAUUGCAUCUGGCAACUUAGCUUCAAUCUAUUUUAAUGCAGAUUGACUCCCAAAUAUACUUAACAAUCAGAUUAUACCUUAUGAAUCACUUCAAAUUUUAUUUUAGCAACAUUGUUUUUAGAGAAAGGUUCCCAAUUUGUUAGCAGUGUUUGCCUUCUGGAGGAAAAUUUGACACUUUGCUUGACUGUCCUUCCUUCUAAUUGCCAAUUUUGAUUUGCCUUUCCCUCUAUUUGGCAUCAUUCUCCUUGUUAAACAUACACCCCCCCCCUCCCGUAAUCCUCUAGAUGCAUUCUCAAUACAGCCAUCGGAGUCAAGUAGAAAAAAAAUGAUCGAAUCACUAGUUUUAUAUAGCUGGUUCAUAUUUUUUAUUUUUGCAAAUUAUUGCAUAAAACAUUCAAUGCGUUGUUUUUAAGCUGUAUAGCUUUUUUUUAAAGAAAUCUAUGAGCAGCUCCAUGCAUAGUGGCUGCUUUUAUUAUUAAAUCAUGUUACGAGCUAUUUUUCAAUAGUAUUGUUACGCAUACUUAUUUGCUAAUUUUUAAUGACGGAAUUUUGAGAUUUCAAUCUAAUCUUAAUGGUUGGUUUACCUAUGUUGAACAUUUAUUGUUUGUAAAUGUGAGUUAAUUUCUUAUACAAGCUGACUCUUUGCUUCACAUGAGACGAUGUUUGUGUCUUUCUUUUUUUUUGCAAAUUCUCUAAGCAAUAUAAAAUAGAGCUCUUACUGGAUAUGGUUGCUGUUAGUAAUUCCGAUCUGGAUGCCAUGCAAAAUGAGCUUGAAAAGCUCAGAGAGUUCAAGGAAAAGACUGAAUCAAAAGGAAAUUCAAAGUCAGGAAAGAAAUAGUGGUAGUGCUUGAAAUGACUUUUCUGGAAUUCUGGAAGGCCAAGUCUUUAGUGGCUUCACUGAGAUGAGUUAAGGCGAAAGCUUUCACAAUAUUCAAAGUUUUGCCUUCUGUUAGAUUCCCAUACCGCAGCCGAUUGUAAUCCUCUAUACACGUUUUUUGUUUUGCCAUUUUGUAUAUACAUUUUUGUUUGCAUUACAUUUAAAAUAUAAUAACAUAAAUACUUUAUGAUAAUUGUGUGUAUAUGCUAUUUUGGCAUGAAUUAUCCAUGCUCUGUAGAAGGGUAUUAAAAAGACCUUAUCAGUUUUUGUUUUGUCAUUUAAAUACCUAGAUCGUCAUCCCUGCCAAGUCUCUUCUAAAAGAAGGUUUUGUUGGUAUUUCAUCAUCUAUCAGAAUCAGAAAACAAAGAUAGAACCUAGAAAUUCCCUCUGUCAUGUAAGCCUCCCUCCAGUAUGCCCCCACCUUAUAUCACUGUAAAAGUUGCUAAGAACCCCCUAACUUGCUAAUUUCAUAAAUACAUGAUUUAGCCCUUGGUAGAUCACAUAUUCAUUGACAACUGAAAAGCUAAAAUAGAAAAAAAAUCAAAAAAACAAUUUUGUUGCAAUUAAUUUAUGUGAUUACCAGAUCAUAUUGUUUCCUCCAAGUAGAUAUUGACAUUAAAACAUUCUAAAAAGAGUAAGAGCUACUUUGGUGAUUUUUAUAUAACUUUUUUAAGCUCCGCCUAGUUUAACCCUGCUUGAAUUAACCUCAUUCAAGAACCUCUCAAAUCAAUUAGUCCAUUUGUGGGUAAUUUGAGGAUUUACAUUAAUUGCAAAGCAGGGACAUGAGUAAAUUGUAGAUUCAAGUUUAUAUUGUAUAUAAAUUCAUUUUUAAAUAUUGCAUCUGGCAACUUAGCUUCAAUCUAUUUUAAUGCAGAUUGACUCCCAAAUAUACUUAACAAUCAGAUUAUACCUUAUGAAUCACUUCAAAUUUUAUUUUAGCAACAUUGUUUUUAGAGAAAGGUUCCCAAUUUGUUAGCAGUGUUUGCCUUCUGGAGGAAAAUUUGACACUUUGCUUGACUGUCCUUCCUUCUAAUUGCCAAUUUUGAUUUGCCUUUCCCUCUAUUUGGCAUCAUUCUCCUUGUUAAACAUACACCCCCCCCCCCUCCCGUAAUCCUCUAGAUGCAUUCUCAAUACAGCCAUCGGAGUCAAGUAGAAAAAAAAUGAUCGAAUCACUAGUUUUAUAUAGCUGGUUCAUAUUUUUUAUUUUUGCAAAUUAUUGCAUAAAACAUUCAAUGCGUUGUUUUUAAGCUGUAUAGCUUUUUU